AAGUUUAUCUGUGAAUGAUACUUCCCUUUCCUACAAUUAGUAAAGCUUUGGAUAUCCAAGAGCGCAGGGUUGCGGCUCACAAGCAGAGCGUGUUGUUGAAUGGUUGCGACUGCGGGAAUAUCCGCCAUUUGGGCUGUCACACUGUAUGGACUGGCUUUUCAGCACCGAACGGCCAAGCGAGACAACAACAACAACAACGGCUCCCAGCCUCGGCGGGGUCGCGACCGCUAUCGCCCACAGGAUAACGUUGGCUCACAGUCGAACCGGCUGCCACGUGGACGACUAGUACCAGACGACUCAAGUAGAAAAACCGGCGAUGUCCUACCUCCACCUCCACCCUUGACGUCCGCAGAUCGACCAAGACCGUCCUACUUUACUUGUCGACACAUGUACGAAAACAUUUUGAUGGAGGAGCUGCAACGCAUAGCGCAGAACGAAAGGCUGGCUUUAACGUCCCCGUUUCCAGGCGUGGUGCGGAUAGAGCCGAACCACGCACUCGAUACUAGCCUUUGGGAUCCGGUAUACGCUCUUCAGGCUUUACCAAACGCUGUCGUCGUUUCGGGACAAUCCAUCAAUGAUUUAGCCCAAGAAGUAGAGACGGCAUUGCUGGCCGAGGACAUGCAUAUAAGGACAGUCACUGCCUUGCGAGCUGCACCACGUGGGAGUUUGGCCGUACACGCUCUCGUCCCGGGAAUGUGCAAGGGACAAGGAAAGCCGCUGUCCCAACGACGGUGUACGAAAGUCUCCGAAAAGUUGGUCGACCGGCUUCGGCCCCAAUUUGCGGCGGCGCGCAAGUUGGCUUCUUCCAACUAUACUCUACCGCCUUGCAAUUUGGGUCGGCAGGACCAGCCGGAGCGCUGGGUUUGGCAAGUCUUGUUGCUGACUCCCACUGUAGUGACGGCGAGUUUGACCCGAUGUUCCACGUUUUCGUCCGGAGCCACCUGGCCAAACUGGCACCUGCCUGCCGGUAUGGCACAAGUGGACAUUGAGGGAGGGGAGCGCGACAUUCCUAGUUCGGCUUACCGCAAGCUCCUGGAAGCUUUUUGGUGUUGGCGCAAUACUCCUAUUCCCGGCUCCCAGGUUGUGGAUUUGGGGGCUUCACCGGGGGGAUGGACCGCCGUUUUAAGACGGCUCGGCUGCAGUGUGACCGCAGUGGAUCGGACAGUCCUGGCAUCGAAUCUUAUGAACGACGACGGCGUAACGUUCGUGCAAGGGGAUGCCUUUGCUUUCGUUCCGGAGUACAUUAAAUUGGAAAGUACUGUCUUGGACAAGGCUAUUGAUGAUACUUGGAUGGUGUCGGACAUCAUUGCGUAUCCCGAUCGUAUUCACCAACUUUUGUCCCGUUGGUGUGGGAAUCAUUGGGCCCAAUUUGUGGUGGUGACGAUCAAAUUUCAAGGCUCCCAAAUAACGUGGUCCGACAUUGACACUGCCAUUGAUAUCUGCCGAGGCCAUGGAUACGAAGCGCGCGUGAAACACUUUUUCAACAAUAAGAAUGAAGUCACGUUAAUGGCCCAUGAGAAGCGGGACCUACCGAGAGAUGGCUCGCGGUAUGAUUUUGGUAGACCAUUCUAUCCUUUGACAAUCCCGGUUCCCGAUUCGUCUAUCACAUGCUGA